AUGGCGUCUAGACUGGCGAGGAGUACGGCCGGAGCCGCAAGACUUCGACCAUCCCUCUCACUACGAUCCUUACCUGCCCUCACCACCCCCCUGACAUCUCAACGAUACCAAUCCAACGUCUCCGUCGAGGAACCAAAGAAGAAGGCCCAGUCCAUCGUCGAUGCUCUGCCAGGCAACUCCCUCGCGAGCAAGACCGCCAUCCUCUCCGCAGGUGCAGGCGCCUCCAUCUGGGCCAUCAGCAACGAGCUCUACGUGGUCAACGAGGAAUCUGUUGUCGCCUUCUGCUUGUUGAGUGUCUUUUACGGAAUCUUCAAAUAUGGUGGCCCCAUGUACAACGACUGGGCUGAGACCACCAUCGGCAAGUACAAGGAGAUUUUGAACUCGGCCAGGGCAGGUCACGUCGAGGCCGUCAAGUCGAGAAUUGAAGAUGUCAAGCCUCUCAGCAAUGUCGUUGACAUCACCCAAGAGCUAUUCAAGGUGUCAAAAGAAACCGCCCACCUUGAAGCCCAAGCCUUCGAGCUCGAGCAAAAGACCCUCCUGGCCGCCGAGGCCAAGACCGUGCUCGACUCAUGGGUCCGCUACGAAGGCCAAGUCAAGCAGCGCCAGCAGAAGGAACUCGCCGACAGUAUCAUCGCAAAGGUCACCAAGGAGCUCGAGAACCCCAAGGUCCUGCAGCAAAUCCUGACUCAGAGCGUCGCCGACGUGGAGAAAUUGGUCCAGAGCAAGGCUCAGUAA